GCGUUUAGCACGAGCUCGGAAACGCUUUUGGUUCUUUGGGCUAACCAACAAUGAGUGCUGCUACUGCUGCCAAAGCCCCUCGGGCUCUCUCGUCCAUGCGCGGUUGGCGCAGUCCACCGCGCAUUCGCCAACCUCUCCGCAAGGAUGAGGAACGUCUACCUAUUCCCCACGUUGACCUCGUCGUCGGUCAAACGCACCAUUCUCGUGUAGGCGACCACUACCACAAUACCCUCGCCGACGACCUCCUCUACAUGACAUACACCCACGAACUCGGCGAGCGCAAGCCACCACGGCAGAUUCGCCUCCGCUUCGACCCGGACGACCCAUAUGUCGUGCACCGCAAGAACCUACCCGUUGGUGGUGACCAUCGCCAGCUUGCCCAACUCCCGCCGGCGAUGACACCGGACAACGUCGUUCGUCUCGAACGCAUUGUGCUGCACUCUAUGCAGAAGGAGGCCGUCAAUAACCGCAGCUCGCUCCUUGGUGUCAUCGAAGCAUUUCGCGCAAUAAGCGGCAAAAACGAUGCAGGGGGUGGACGAGCGAAAGGCUCGGGUGUGCAGAUUGUCCAUGCGAAGAAGAACGUCGGCGGUUGGGCGCGGGCAGGCAUACCCACCGGUGUCGUGGUGGACAUCGAAGGUGCCCCCAUGUACGACUUCGUCAGCACCCUCGUUGAGUUCGUUCUCCCGCGUUUGCGCGAAUUCAACGGUAUCACCCUCCCUGCACCCUCUGCGAGCACGCAGUCGCCCAGCUCCAUCGCAGGCGUCGUGUCAUUCGGUCUGCCACCAGAUGCCAUGGCGCUCUUCCCCCAGAUCGAGGUGAACAUGGACAUGUAUCCCAAGAUGUACGGCAUGCACGUUCAGUUCAUCACCAAUGCCGUCGGCCUUGGUGCCCAAAAGCGGGCUCAAGCACUCCUCUCUGGUUUCCAGAUCCCAUUCGCUCGCAAAUAGAGCCUUAGACGCGCCAUCUUAGUUGCAUACUGACACGUUAAUAACUGCAUAUAUCUAUAAUACUCUGCCCGCAAUCACAUCAUGACUUUGCUAAAUCUGAUACGCGCGUUUGUGGCCACGGUCGGACGAAAGUCUGGAGUUAAAGUGUCAUGAAACUAUCGAUGCCAUAUCUUGUUCAACUGCGCCGUUGUGUGCAACGUGCGAUAAUCCUGGAUAACCCCAACGGCCAGUACAACAUAGAAUUGCCCAUUGUCUGGUGGAUGCGUGUGUGGCUAUCGCCAAAAUGGCCGUAAUUAGUGAGCGACCUACGUACAUGUUGCGUGCAUGUAUCCGAAAACAGAGCGUAUCAAUUCCAAAA